AUGCAGGAUGGGAAUGUCAAGGAUUUCACUAUGUUAGAUACCAGACUGAUCAGAUUCAAGGGGUGUAUUUGUGUGCUAGACAAUGAUGAGCUGAGGAAAGAGAUUCAGGCGGAAGCUAAUACUACCCAGUAUUCAGUUCACCCCGGGACAACUAAGAUGUACCACGACCUUAAGGGAUCUUACAGUAGAUACUUGCCACUGAUGGAGUUUUUGUACAACAACAACUACCAAUCUACCAUCGGGGUAGCACUAUAUGAAAUUUUGUAUAGAAGAAAGUGUAGGUCCCCACUUCACUGGGAUGAACUGGGAGAGAGAAAACUACUUGGGCCAGAUGCAGUGCAAAACACCAUUGAGGCUAUUCAGAAAAUUAGGGAAAGGAAUCUCGGUGAAGAGGUUUGGCAAGAAGGGAAAACUGAGUCCCAGGAAGAUUUGUCUUUCGAUGAGCGUCUGGUGAAGAUUCUUGAUCGGAAGGGCAAGGUCCUAAGGAAUAAGACAUUUUCCUUAGUGAAAGUGAUGUGGAGGAAUAAUGUUGUUGAGGAAGCAACCUGA